UGUUGCGGUAAAUUUUGCUUACAAUAGUAAUCUGAAUUAUAUAAGUCUGACAUUAGUGUAUGCUGGGAUGGGAUGUGCCCACUUGCAUGUUAUCAGCUUCAUACAAUAGAAUCUCUGAAAAAGAGCAAUCCACAAACUGUAAUCCUUCUGCUCUAUCUCUCAGAAUUUCUUCCUUUUUUCUUCUUCUUCUUCUUCUUUCUGCUUGUUCUUGGUGUUUUUCAGCCAUGAUGAAGGAAAACUUUUCCAUGGCAUUUAAGAAGGUAGCUUAAUCCUGGCCAAGUAUUUUGUGAGAAUCGCGUUCUUUAACCCUAACUUUCAAGAUUUAACUUCGGUGGAGGUUUUCUGUUGAUUCUCUCAAGCAUAUUCAGUAGCAGUUGCAGCUCCAAUGCAAAUUAUCAAUCAUCAUUUUUCAAGAACAAUGCUGUUACUAUGCAUAAUGUUUUGUACACUCAGUUUUUAGUAUCCAAUUGGAUAUUUAAAUAAUGUAUUAUCAUAUAAUUGAGCGUUACUUUAUCUUUAAUUCAAAAUCAUCUAAUCUCAUAAUGACACAUCAUCUGAGUAUUCAAUUGAAUACUCAAAACUGGGUACAUAUAGUUUUAUUAGUUUAUUAUAUAUCAGCCUAAUGUUUGAAUCAAAUAAUAGUAGUGGCAGAGUGGCAGUGUUGUUGCCAUCGUCAAUGUUUAUGGCUCCAGUAAUAUUUUAAUUCCAUUGUAGAGAAAACAACCCAAUUUUUCUGCUGUUUGCCUCAUUCUGUUGGUGUUUCAGGAUUGAUCUAGGAGUUCAUCCAGCUGAAGAUGAAUGUGGAGAAUGAGAACAGUGAACCAGUGACUGAUUUAGGGCUUGCACUGGGUUAUUCCAGUCAAUGCACUCAAAGAACUGAACAACGAUUCAGGUGCAGGUGCAAAUGCAGGUUUCAGGGUAGAUAUGAAAUUUGUGACCUCUGAUUCUCUCUCUGGGCUGGUUUGGACUCCACAGAAUGGUCUGAGUAUGAAAUGCACUGACUGCAGUUUCACAGACAAAAAAUCCUCCCUUUUCUGGUAUGCAGGACCAAACAACACUGUUCUUUCACCAUCCCAAAACAUUAAAGAUAAUUUCAUAGUUUCUCAAGGAGAUUUCUAUGUGAAAAGUGAAAUGGGUAAUCAAGGUACUUCAAUCAGGACUCCUGAAAGUGAUGCGAUUGCCAAGGCUGUUUUGGAUUGGGUCGUGAAGACACGGCAGGUAAGUAUUGAUUGUGUUAGAGUAUUGGUGACUUUGCACACAUAAUUUAUGUCAAAAAUAUAAUUUCAAUCCUAUAUAUUUUUACCUUUUUCAUCCCUAGACUGUUUAUUCGGAUGGCCAAGAAACUCUUGUUCUGAUGAAGCUUGAUGUGAUGUGGUAGACGAAGUUGCAGUUGAUUUCCUACAAAAUGAACCAUUAUCUGAGAAUCCUACCAGUGGAGGCAGAGAUGCUGGUCAAGAGAAUCAGGCAGCCAGAAUGGUAAUUGUUUUGGACUCUGGAGUUCACCCCACAAAAGAAUGCGAAGCUAAUAACAAUGUAGUGCAGAUGUUGGCACUCCCAGGCAGAGGACAUGAUGGAUAUGCUCCAUUUCUGCGAAAAGAGAGCAAAAGUAAGAUGACAAUAACAAUCGGGGUUCAUCCUUUGGAGAGACGGGAGUCCACUCCUGAGAAUGACAUACAAACUCUUAUUACUGAAAAUGUCUAUGGUGCGGAAAAGAAGAAGAUUGUGGCUUCAGAAUCUGCGCAUGGCAUUAUAUGUAGCUGGCCACAGAAUGAGGAGAUGACUGCAAAAGGCAGGGCUGUUUCAGGUGGGACUUCUCCCACUAAUAGCAGGAUGCUGAUGUUACAAAAGAAAGGCAAGGAAAAGGCGCUAUUGGAUGAAGAUGUCAAUGGAGGAAUGUCAGAAGAGGAUGAUGACAGCCAUGAGAGUGUUGAAAGCUGUAACAGCACCAGAUUAUUUUCAACCGGCAAGAAGCAAUGGAGCUUCGAGCAGCGGUUGAUUGUUGGGAGCAAAAGAGUCAAAAAACAAGCUCAUGAAAGUCCAGCUUCUGCAUCACACACUAAACAAGAUAGCUCCUUCAUGAAUUGGAUAUCUAACAUGAUGAAGGGUUUCUCAAAAUCAAGUCAGGAUGAGAUUCCUUCUCUUGCUUUUACACUUGCACAUCCUGAUAAUGGCCAUGAAAGUCCUCACCACAAACUUGUCACCUGCAACAAAAACGAGGAUUCUGGUUGCAGAAAUGUGGGCUUUCAGUCUAUUUUUCAUUCAAUAUAUCGUCCGAACGGAAAAGUACUUGAAAGGGCAUUGGAUAACAAUUAUCAAACAGAAUUUGAGCCUGGUAACAGACUAUGUGACAUAAGUUCUCCAACUCCUAUUGCCUGUCAUGGUGACAACAAUAACUUGUGUGAACAGUUUUUGAUGUCCAUUGAGAAUUUCACUGAAUCUACAGAAGGAAAUGGAGCUGAUCCAGGAAUUCAACCUAGGAUCAACUCUGCUAAUUAUGCUUGCAGCAGUGAGAACAGUGAAGGGAACAAAAAUUUAUGUAAUAUGACAGCUGGUAAAGUGAGAGAAGGAACAAAUUCCAAUUCCUCCAUGGAUAAACAUAAGACAGGCAGUACUCAGAACACUAAUACUGAUCCACCAUCUGAAGUGAAGGCAAGUCAUAAUUUUGCUCAUGGGAAUGAUCCUCUGGAAAGCUUGUGGAUAACUCGAUUUACUCCAAGAAGUUCUUUGCCCUUGUUAAAUCUCCAAAGUUCUAGUGCAGCCCAUGAAUGUGCCACCAAUUACCAUGGCAAUCAUUCCAAUGACCUCAGUAUUGUGGAAGCUGGACCACUCUCUGUUGAGGAUUCACUGAUCGGUGUUGUUCAAGAGUCAAAUUUUGCAGCUGAAAUUGAGUCUUCUGUUGGUUUUAAUCUGAACCCCAUUUUACCCUCCCAAAGAUUCAAAAUUUCAUUGCCUUCUGGCUUGGCAAGGAGACUGAAUGCCUUUAAACACAGCGUGCCAUCAUAUGUAACAGAUAAACCAGCUGGUGCAACCAUCACCUGCUUCUUUUGUGGCAAGAAAGGUCACCAUUUGAAACAUUGUCCAGAGAUAGCAGAUAAUGAGCUUGAAUACCUUUUAAGAAAUAUUCGGUCAUACAAUGGAGCAAAAGAGUUACCUUGUUUGUGCAUUAGAUGCUUUCAACUCAAUCAUUGGGCUGUAGCAUGCCCAAAUGCAUCUUCUAGAGUUCAAAAUCAAUUAGAAUGUCGAAUGCAAUUGGAUAUAAAAGAUAAAGAAAGCACAAAGCUCUUGGAUGGUAAGAAAAGCCCUUUUCAAGCUUCAGGUGCACUUACACUUUGUGAUCAAAAUGAUCCAAGAACAGAGGCAGAUGCUGAUGUUCAGUGGAAAAUGACUGAAGUUGCAACCUCUGAUAGAAUGAUUAGUAAAGUAAAUUUGGUAAAUGAUUACCUUCCUUCAAGUUCUGGGGCAAAAAAGUUGAAAGAAAACCAGAUCGUCCUUUUAUGCAAUCUUGUCAACAAGCAGAUUUCAGAGGUACCAAAGGGGAUCAUUGAUGCCAUAAAAGGACUUCGUCUAUCCCGAACAGAUAUCCUCAAAUGGAUGAAUUCACACGUCUCUGGCACAUCUAAAUGGACUUUUCCUACGUUUACGAGUGGGGAAGUGGGAAGAAGGACUAGGAGGAACUGGGUAUUUUGCUGCUUGUAUAACCGGGACACACAGAGAGGGUUCCAAAUGUUCAAUAUCAGUGAAUGUAGGAGGGACCAAAUGCUUGGUAGAAAGUCGAUACAUCUCCAACCAUGAUUUCCUCGAGGAUGAGGAUGGCAUGGUGGUCUGCAACUGCUAAGAGUCCAUCUGAAGAAGAAUUAAGAGUAAAAUUAGAAGAAAGAAAAAUGUUAGGGAUGUAGUUUAGAUGUUCGUAAUGUUGACUGUAUAAGUGUAAUGCAUAUUGAGAAUGUUUAUAUAUGAUGUCUUGUAUA